GCGGUCCACACUCACCAACGGAUUGCUUUAUUCCGUGCUGAACGUGAGAUUGGUGCACACUUAGUUAUCGUGUUUCGUGAAACUGUGAGUUGGUUUGAUUUCCCCCAAUUUCUCGUGCCAGUUUGCAGCAACCCCAGGGCAGUGGGUCAGUUUUCCAGUGGAGCCAACGGAAACUCACGCACGCCGAACAUGAAGCAACGGUGCGCUUUGGCCGGGUGCGAAAAGUUCCUCCCGGCGGUGCUGCUGCUGCUGUUCGCGCUGCAGGCCACCGUCCCGGAAGGCACGGUCGCGGGCUGCAGCAUGCUGAACAACGACAACGGCGAACAGCGGGGCGCGGGCAUGCUGGCCGAUCCGGCCACCGCCAAACAGGUGCCCGAGGUAACGAUGCAGGACGCGAUCGCGCAGUGCAACCGGAGCUUCAUCAUCCAGCCGGAGUAUCUGGCCGAGCUGAACCAAACCGGUAGCUUCCCGGAAGAAACGGACAAGAUACCGCUGUGCUUCAUCCGGUGCUAUCUGAAAGCGCUCGGCAUACUGACGGAGGACGAUAAGGUGAACAAGGAGGUGGCGCUCGCCCUCAACUGGGCCACCUCGGGCGAAACCGUCGACGAGUGUCUGGAUGAGAUGGCUGGCAGUGCCUGUGAACAGGCGUACUUCUUCACGCGCUGCGUCAUGACCCGCGCCCUGGUGGAUGGGAAGAGCAAGGAUAACAAGUAGAGAGGAAGGCUGCCCGAUACCCGAAUCCCACUUAGAAAGAGAACCUUGCUUCUCUGCAACCUCUGUACAUAGCUAACGGAGCGCACACAAUAAACUGCAUGCA